UCUUUCCCAUCAACACCUUCGUUUGAAAGUUUUUUUUUUCAAUUCCCACUCCUUCAAUUUUACAUGAAUUGUACAUUUAAUCAACUUUUGCAUUUUAUUUUGGUAGAUGUGUUGGAUCGGCUCAAAGUGUUGAGAGGUAAAGGCAUGCCUUCCCUUUAAUCCUGGUCCUGCAAAAAGGUAAUUAUUAGAACUAUUUUUUUUUACCUUUUUACCUUUGAUUUGUAGAGAUAAAUUGUGAUUUAAGGAAUAUAGGAGCUACAAGAAUGGGUAUGUGUGGAAUGAUUUGGCUCAAAAUGAUGUGAUUUUACCAUCGGAAGGAGGUGAAUAUGUGCUCAAGGUAUGUGAAGUACUUGUCGACUGCACUGGUAAAUUAACUUCAUUAUUUUUUUCGUUAAAAUCAUGAAUUUUGGUCUGUCCUAUAAUUUUUAAAAUUUGAUGGAAAUUUGGAUGUUUGGAUCUGAUUAUUAAAAUCAUGAAUUUUGGUCGAAAUUUGGUCCGACAUAUACUAAUUUUUAAAAUUUGACGGAAAUAUGUUUAGGUUUGUUUGUUAAUUAUGAAUUUUGGUCGAAUUUUGUUCUGUCAUGCAUUAUUAGACACAAAGUUUAACGAAUUGGGGACAUUCACAUCCGUGCAACCGAUAUUAGAUACGAUUUGGUAAAAAAAAAUCUCAUAGUAAAGUAAUGGCGACAAAUUUGAACUUUAUGAUUUUUUCGUCUAAUUUCUAAAUUAAUCAUAAUUUGACCGAAUUUCAUUGUUUUUUUAGACCAAUUUGUCCAUAGAAAGCACACUUUGUUUGUUUGUCACUAUAACAAAAUCCAAUUGAAAAUGAUGAAUUUUAGAGAAGCUGCACCACCUACAAUUCGGCAAUGUUCAGCAAUUCCAGCACUAGGAAGCAAAUCUGUACCCUGCAAAAUGCCGAAAUCCAUCUCCGAAGCAGGAAAUGAUGAACGUCGAAGAGGAGGAAGACGAAGAAUACGAAGAGAAAGGCGCGACGCACACCACCUGUUCGAGAGGCGUCUCCACCGAAAAGCCGAGGAAGAAAUCAAGCACAAGCACUCGCUAAUGAGCGGCAUCAGCCCCCGCACCGAGCUCAACCUUGACACGAACUCGCUCUCCUCGCCACCCUCCACCACCUCCUCCACCCCCUCCGACAACCCCCAGAGCGACGGCCUCCCUGCCCCCAGCGAGGCUGAUCCCAUCGGGAGCGAGCCGAUGCUGAGCAGGAACUCCAUGCUGCUCAGCCUCAUCGCGUGUGGGGGCACGGGCUCGUUCAGGAGGGCCGUGCUCCCGGCCUCUGUGAAGGAGCACGUGCCCGGGAGGAAGAGCUGCAGCGGAGGAGGCGGGAGUAGCCUUCAUAAGGGGGUGAUGUGCAAGGCGGCGAAGAUGGCGACCGAGGAUGAGCGGGUGAUGAUCAGCUACAUGUCGGAGAAUCCGAGGUUCGGGAACUCUCAGGCCGAGGAGAAGGAGUACUUCAGCGGUAGCAUUGUGGAAUCUAUGACAAAUGAUUGUGCGAACGAGCCCGUGGCUCAAGAAGUCGUCUUCGUACAAUCAAGAAAGUGUACAAGGAGUGGAUGUUGCACGCAUUGGCUUCCCUUCUUGGGUUGUACCCAUAGGAGGAAGUGCUAUUUGGGCCGACCUUCGGGCCGACAGCCCCCCACCAACGAGCCGAACCAUCGGGCCUCGAAAAGGGGUGUAGUUCGUGCUUGAAGAGAAAAGGCCUGCUGUUUAUUAUUCUUGUAUUUUUGCAUUCCUUCCCAACAACUUGUGUGUAAAAGAAAGUAAUUAAGGGAGUAUCUUGACGUAUAUAAAAUAUAGUCGAACGCUUUUAGUUCGGAA